CUAUAACAAUAAUGUUAUCAUUACAUCAGUAUAAACAUAACCUUGUUUGUUGUAUGCAGCAUCAUGCGAAUGCGUCUUUUACAAAACUUAUCGCGUUCAAGGAAAUUAUUAUGUGAAUAUUCUAAACCACACAGGAAUAGUAUAAUAACAUAUUCUUUAUUAAAACAAGUUAAAAAUUUGUCAACAAACAAUCAAAAAUUUAAUAAAGAUGAUUAUUCGCAAAAUCGAUCACAUAACCUAGCUGGUUCCAUUAAUAUCACUCACGAAGUUUUGGAUGACGAAAAUGCAGAAAUCAUUUUUGAUGUCAGUGAAAAACAAGAAACAAUUAAUUUAGAAGAUUUAAGAAUUAGUGAGGAGGUUCGUGAUCCUUAUGAGGGUAUUAAUUUGGAACGUGGGACAAGUGGUGUAUUUGAAAUAGAGGACCUUGUAUCAUUGCUACGAAAGGAUAAUGCUAAAAAUAUUUUUGUGGCUUCAGUACCUCCUGAAUUAUCAUACGUCGACUACAUAGUUGUAGUUUCAGGUACAUCAAACAAACAUAUGCAAGCACUUGCUGCUUUCAUUCUCAAAGUAUAUAAAUUAAAAAGACACAAAACAGAUUUUAUACCAAGGAUAGAAGGGAAAGAUUCAAAACAAUGGAUAGCUAUGGAUUUAGGAAAUAUUGCAGUACAUAUUUUUUCAAAAUCUGCCAGACCUGUAUAUGAUCUAGAAACUCUGUGGUCAGUUGGUCCUGAUUAUGAUGACAAAAGUAGAGGUACAACUGAAGAUAUCAUGGAACAAUAUAAUGCAUUUUUGUCUGAUCUAGAACCUCUAGAAAAUAAGGAAAAUGAAACUGUACAAAAUAAAAAUUGAUAAAAAUUGUGGAACCAGCAUUCGCUAUGUUACAAUUUUGUUAUAAAAACCUAAAUAGUUUGUAAAAAGUGAAUAAAUGCUUCUUUAAGGAA